AUGGGUAUAGAAAAUAGUAAUAUAGUAAAUUUCCAAAAAGAAGGAGUAAUAAUUGAAAAUAAAGGUAUACAUUUAUCUCAUGAAGAAGAUGGUGAUUUAUUAAAUAAUGGAUUAAAAAAAAAUACUAUCGGUGUAAUUGAAUGUAUUGCAUUAUCAGUUGGUGGUAUUGGAUUAAGUGCUUCAACAUUUUUUGUUUUUCCAAAUAUUGCAGCAUCAGCAGGUACAAGUGUACCAUUUACAAUUUUUAUUGGUGCAUUAUGUUGUUUAACACUUGCUAAUACAAUUAGUAUAUUUGGUAAAUAUAUAAGUAGUAGUUCAUCAUUUUUUGUUUAUAUUACAAAAGGAUUAGGAAAUGAAAUGGGAUUUUUAAGUGUUUGGGUUUUAAUAAUUGGAUAUUUAACAAAUUUGAUUUCAGGAAUGUUAAUGUUUGUCGGUUCACUUUCAGAUGUAAUAACAAGGCAUUCUGAUUUUAAUUGUCCAUGGAUAUUAUGCUUAUUAAUUGUUGUAACAAUAAUUCCAACGUUGGCAUAUAUUGGUAUUGAUGUUGUUUUGAAAACUAGUAUAAUUGCAAUGAUUUUAGAAACUUUGGUAAUGUUGGUACUAUCUUUAGCAAUUGUAAUUAAAGGUGGUGAUCAAGGUAAUUAUCCGCUGGCAUUCACACCAGUUGGGGAAUAUUCAGGUGGUAUUUCAGGUAUUGCCACUGGUUUGGUUUAUUGUACAUUCAUUUUCAUUGGAUUUGAAGGCGCCGCUACAUUAGGUCAAGAAACUAGAAAUCCAAAAAAGAAUAUACCAAUUGCAGUUUUUGGCUCAAUUGCAUUUGCUGCAGCUUGGUUUACUAUGUCAAUGUAUUCAUUGGUUGUUGCUGUUGGACCUUCAAAUAUAUUUUCAAUUAAUACAUCUCAAUUUACAGUUGGAGUUUAUGCAGAGAGAUAUAUUGGAUUUUGGUAUUCUGUUAUUAUUGAUAUUACUUCUGUUGUAUCUGGAUAUAGUGUAAUCAGUAGUUGGUUUAAUAUAGUUUUUAGAAUAAUUUAUUCAAUUGGUAAAACUAAAGAGAAAGGAAUUAUUUCAUGGUUUGGUAGAACAAAUCAAAAAUUUAAGACUCCCCAUAAUGCAAUCAUUAGUUUAACUGGUUUUAUAAUUUUAAUAUCGGCAAUUAUUAUUGGCUCAACUAAAAAUAUUUAUACAGAAUCGAGUUGGGAAGUUUAUGAUUAUAUUAGUUUUACUGUGAUUAGAUAUGUUAAAGUUUAUCAAUCAAAAGAUUUCCAACUUUUUAGACAUAUGAUUUUACCAAUAUUUAGUGCAAUUCUAUUCACUGUAAUUUUGGGAGGUAAUUUUUAUCCACCACCAUAUUAUCCAAUUCCUUAUUUUUUAAUUGGAUUAGGAAUUUUAUUAUUAAUGGGUGUGUGUGUAAUGUUUUUUUUAUACCGUUUCAAUAAAGAAUAUUUAAAAAAUAUGCUCUGUCAAAUGAGUUUAAAAUUUUUUUUAUUAUUAUUUUAUUUAGAAAAAAAGACUAAAAUACAGUUUGCCAAUUUUAUUAUUACCCAAAAAAAAGUAUUUUUUUCGGCUUCUAAACUUAAAAAUUAUUUGGAAAUUAUCAACAAAAAAAAAAUUAAUCGAUCAAUUGGUUCACAGUGCGUAAACUAUUUUAUUUUUUAUUUAUUUUUUUUUUUUUGUCGAAAAAUGGGUAUAGAAAAUAGUAAUAUACUAAAUUUCCAAAAAGAAGGAGUAAUAAUUGAAAAUAAAGGUAUAAAUUCGUCAAAUAAAGAAGAAAAUGAUUUAUUAUAUAAUGGAUUAAAAAAAAAUACUAUUGGUGUAAUUGAAUGUAUUGCAUUAUCAGUUGGUGGUAUUGGAUUGAGUGCUUCAACAUUUUUUGUUUUUCCAAAUAUUGCAGCAUCAGCAGGUACAAGUGUACCAUUUACAAUUUUUAUUGGUGCAUUAUGUUGUUUAACACUUGCUAAUACAAUUAGUAUAUUUGGUAAAUAUAUUAGUAGUAGUGCUUCAUUUUUUGUUUAUAUUACAAAAGGGUUAGGAAAUGAAAUGGGAUUUUUAAGUGUUUGGAUUUUAAUGAUUGGAUAUUUAGCAAAUAUGAUGGGUUCAAUGUUUAUGUUUGUUAAUCCACUUUCAGAUGUAAUAACAAGAUAUUCUGAUUUUCAUUGUCCAUGGAUAUUAAGUUUAAUAAUUGUUGUUACAAUAAUUCCAACGUUGGCAUAUAUUGGCAUUGAUGUUGUUUUGAAAACUAGUAUAAUUACAAUGAUUUUAGAAACUUUGGUAAUGUUGGUACUAUCAUUUACAAUUGUAAUUAAAGGUGGUGAUGAAGGUAAUUAUCCAUUAGCACUCACACCGUUUGGUGAAUAUUCAGGUGGUUUUUCAGGUAUUGCCACUGGUCUGGUUUAUUGCACAUUCAUUUUUAUUGGAUUUGAAGGCGCCGCUACAUUAGGUCAAGAAACUAGAAAUCCAAAAAAGAAUAUACCAAUUGCAGUAUUUGGUUCAAUUGCAUUUGCUUCAACUUGGUUUAUAUUGGCAAUGUAUUCAUUGGUUGUUGCUGUUGGACCUUCAAAUAUAUUUUCAAUUGAUACAUCUCAAUUUACAGUUGGAGUUUAUGCAGAGAGAUAUAUUGGAUUUUGGUAUUCUGUUAUUAUUGAUAUUACUUCUGUUGUUUCUGGAUUUUGUGUAAUCAGUAUUGGUAAAACUAAAGAGAAAGGAAUUAUUUCAUGGUUUGGUAGAACAAAUCAAAAAUUUAAUACUCCACAUAAUGCAAUCAUUAGUUUAACUGGUUUUAUAAUUUUAAUGUCGUCAAUUAUUGUUGGUUCAACUAAAAAUAUUUAUACAGAAUCGAGUUGGGAAGUUUAUGAUUAUAUUAGUUUCACUAGUACAAUCCCUGUUAUUUUAAUAUUCAUAAUUACAAAUAUUGCCGUAAUUAGAUUUGUUAAAGUUUACCAUCCGAAAGAUUUCCAACUUUUCAGACAUAUGAUUUUACCAAUAUUUAGUGCAAUUCUUUUCACUGUAAUUUUGGGUAGUAAUUUUUAUCCAUCACCAAAUUAUCCAAUUCCUUAUUUUUUAAUUGGAUUAGGAAUUUUAUUAUUAAUGGGUGUGUGUGUAAUGUUUUAUUUAUACCGUUUCAAUAAGGAAUAUUUAAAAAAUAUGCUCUAUCAAAUGAGUUUGUAG